AGAAUUCACCGCUGUGUCAUGCCAUCUCUAUAAUUACAACCUUGGUCGAUCAAAAUUCGAGCACUUAGUUGAUAACAUCGUUAUCAACUUGCAGUAAAGAAACUUCCUUAUAAUCUUUUUCACUUGGCUUUCUUUAUCUGCAUCCCUUUUUCUUCUCUUGCUGUCGCCACACCACACCCUCUUUAUUCACUUUGCCAAAGCUCUAAUCUUUCCUCUCCAAUCCCUGUUAAUCCGUCCUUUUUUUUUUUAUUUUCUCGAUCUGGGUGUUUCGUUUUUCGAGAUUUGAAUCUUUUUUUUUCUUGGAUUUUUUAUUCUUAAAAAGAUCUGAUUUUUGUGCUCUGUUUUGUUUCGAAUCCCUUCUUAAAACCACCUUCUUGUGCUGUUUCUUGAUCUGGGUCUGAAGGAAAUAGCUGUUUUUUUUCGAUUAUGAGGAAAAGGGAGAGGGAAAAUCCUUGUGGGGUGUGUGGCCACUAUCACAAAUACGAAGAAGGGGAAGUGUGUUCGAUUUGCGGCCACCGGAUUCCGGUUGGAUCGGAGAAAGCUUCGAUACAAGUUAGCGCUUUCCCUUCGGUGAUUUUGCCGGAAUUUCUUUACCUUGGCAGCUACGAUAAUGCAUCACGCUCGGAGCUUCUCAAGACUCAGGGAAUUUCCCGCAUCCUCAAUACUGUCCCUUCUUGUCAAAAUCUCUACAAGAAUUCAUUUACCUAUCACUGCCUCCCAGAUGACAAAACUUUACCAUUUGAUGAAGCAAUUCAGUUUUUAGAACAAUGUGAGAAGGAUAAGGCACGUGUUCUGGUUCAUUGCAUGUCAGGAAAGAAUAGGUCUCCAGCUAUUGUGAUUGCGUUCUUGAUGAAGUCGAAAGGAUGGAGACUCGAACAGAGUUAUCAGUGGGUGAAGGAACAGAGACCUUCUGUUGAAUUAACUGAAGGUGUCUACCAGCAACUACAGGAGUACGAGCACAAGAUUUAUGGAUUUAUUGAUGGGGGUAGCUCUGUGCUGCCUGGUUUCCCAUCAUCUGCAGGGCCUCCUUCAAUUAGCUUUGGCUUCCCAAAGAUCGAUAUCAAUGAUUCAGCUCAACUUCUUGGCUUCAACAGUGCUGGAACUCCUUCUAUAUUCACCCGGGCACCCCUAGACAUAGCUCCCACGGAGUUUACAUUCGGAGCAGGUCAGACACAGAAGAGUGUGAGUGGAAGCCCAUAUAAUCCAAAUCCACCUAAUCCAAAUGGUUCUGAUAUCCAAAUGGAUGGUUCUUGAUUAUGUGAUUAAGCUGUUGACGAUUUGGCUUGUGGUCAAGUUUACAAGUACCAGUCUGCCAUGUGUCAACUAUACAAAGUUCUUUUUUCUCCUGUUUAUUUGAAAUAUUUUCCUAGUUAUCUCUUGUUGUAGUAUUGAGUUACAGCAUAUUUCCUGGCCUCAUGUGCCUCAGUAGAUCUGCACUUGACAUUAUCCAGAUUUUAAUAUUAGAAGCAAAAUUCU